AUGAUCGGAGCAACGAUUUUCGCCGCGAUAUUUUUGGGUGUCCUCGUGCACUUUUAUAAGAAAGCUUACAAAAGACAUGAGAACUUUCCACCCGGCCCACCGAGCCUCCCAGUAUACGGCGCAUACUGGUUGAUACUGUUGAAAGGUCUGAAUAACCUACCGACCGCUUUCAUAAAAUUUGCGAAGGAGUACAAAACCAAAGUGGUGGGAUGCUAUCUAUCCACAAUACCCACGAUCGUUGUGAACGAUCCAGCCUUGAUCAAGGAAGUGCUUAAUCGAGAGGAGUUCGACGGACGAAUGGAUGUGAUCCUCGGCAGACUACGCUCUUACUGGAAAAAGCUGGGUAUAUUCUUCACGGACGGGUACUUUUGGCACGUCCAGCGACGUUUUACGUUGAGGCACAUGCGGGAUCAUGGAUUCGGUAAACGCGACGAUACACUGGAAUCGACAAUAGCACACGAGAUUAAAGAAAUGAUUGACAUGUCGAUCAAUGGGCCAAAGUAUCCCGCUGAAAACGAACUUGUGAAGGGGGACUUAAUCCAUCUACCACAUUUCCUUGCCGUGCCGUUCAUCAACGGUGUGUUACACAUAAUUGGAGGAAUGACUGUUCCAAGGUCCGAAUACCAUAGUCUGUGGACUAUGGCUAGAGGAGCGCUCCUAUUUCAACGCAGCUCUAAUGAUCUUGGCGCCGCCCUCACUUUAACGCCCUGGCUUAAAGACGUCAUGCCAAAGUUCAGCGGAUACAAGGAUUUAAGGGAUGGAAACCAAGCCCUCCUCGAUUUCUUCACGAAAUUUAUCAAAGAAGCCAUGAACACGUAUAAUGAAGGUUACGACCGCCAUUUUCUCGACAUGUACAUUAGGAAGAUGCGGGAGGAGAUGAAACAAAAUAAGACAACUUAUUCGGAGGACCAGCUGGUUCUGAUUUGCACAGACUACAUGUUCCCGGCUGCCUCGGCGGUACAAGCUGCCCUUACGAUGUUGUUGGAACGACUGCUUUUGCACCCGGAGAUUCAGGAUAAAGUGCACGAGGAAAUCGACCGCGUGGUCGGUCGUGACCGUAUGCCCACAAUUGACGACCGUAAGAAUAUGCCUUAUACCGAAGCUUGCAUCAGGGAGGUGCUGAGGAUAGAUACUAUAGUACCCUUGGGAGUGUCACACCGCGCCAUGUCCGACACUAAACUUGAUGGUUACGAUAUACCUGAAGGAACAAUGGUAAAUCUUAAUUUCGUAACACUGCACAUGAGUAAGGAGAUAUGGGGAGACCCAGAGAACUUCCGACCUGAACGUUUCAUUGUCGACGGUCAAAUCGAUCUUAGUAAGGAUAAAACUUUACCGUUCGGAACAGGGAGAAGAGUCUGUGCAGGCGAAACAUAUGCACGUCAGAGUAUGUUCCAAGUGUUCUCUAGCUUUAUGCAAGCGUUCAAAGUGUCACCCGCGGAUGGCAGGCCUCCAAAGAAACCGGUAACAAGGCUGCAAGGCAUAAUCACAUCAAUACCAGAUUUCUGGAUUAGAGUCACACCGAGAAUU